UGCGAAAUCGUUUGUACAAAUGGUUACAUUUUGAGAGUGUGGUACUGUGAUUUAAGGUCGGUUUUUCAGUAAUAGUCUUCAUUCAGUUGUUUGCUUUUGUCUUUAGUGUAACAUAGUUAGGUAAACAAAAUGAAGCAUCUUUGUGUGGCUUUCUUGCUACUGUCAUUAACAGCUUUUUUCAUAACAUCAUGCAAAGCUGAAAUGGGUUUGGAGUUCCCGGAACAUGAUGGGACAGAUAGAGUCAUCAACCUAAAAAAGAAGAAUUUCAACAAAUUUUUGAAAAACAACGACAUAUUGUUGGUGUACGUGACACAACUCGACAAUUCAAGUGAUCCUAUUGAAAUGGCAGAGUGGGAUCGUAUAGAAGAAAUGCUGGAGCUCGUUGCUCAAGUAGUUGAAAGAGAAUCGAUCGCUAUUGGUGUUGUAGAUAUGAUUGAUGACACAAAACUGGUAGAAAAAUACAAUUUCACUGAAGAAGGUUCCAUAUUUGCUUUCAAAUUGGAUCAUAUGAUUGAGUUUGAUGGACAAAGGUCGGCUGAUGUCCUAGUAGAAUUCCUACUAGAGUUGGAUGAGUACCCAGUUGAAUACAUCAACAGCCAAUGCGAAAUUGAAGGAUUCAGAAGAAAUACUCUUCCUAAAGUCAUCGGAUGGUUUGAAAGUAACGACACCGAAGCUUACAGAGACUUCGUUGAUGUGGCUCUUGAUUAUCAACCAAUGACCAGCUUCUACGCUACAUUCGACAAACAUAUGGCCAAGCAUCUCGGCAUAUUCGAGUUGAAUCAGAUUGAAUUUCACGAACCUUAUAUGAAGAAAGGAUGCACCAUCCCUGGCGAACUUCCCCACGAUGAAGAAACAAUAAAAGACUUCUUGGAAUGUCACAAAAGAUGGACAUUAAUGAAGUUGAGACCAAUGGAUAUGUAUCACACAUGGGAAGAUGAUGAAGAUGAUACCCACAUUGUCGUAUUUGCUGAUGAACAUGAUCCAGAAGGAUAUGCGUUUUUGAAUACUGUGAAAGAAAUCGCUUGUCAUCAUGAUGAUGAUAGCAAUCUCACCAUGAUUUGGAUUGACCCAGACGAUUUUCCACUGCUUCAUGCAUACUGGGAACGAACAUUUGGAGUCGACCUGAAAGACCCUUGUAUUGGAGUUGUGAAUGCAACUGAUGCCGACAGUAUCUGGAUGAAUUUUUCAAAUGGAGAGCUUCCAACAGAACACGAACUUGAUCAUUGGAUUCAUGAUGUACUAGACGGCACAAUUAACACAGAGGACGAUGACGAUGAUUACGUCAUGGAUGAGCUAGCUAACGAUGAUGAUGACGACAAUGACGAUGAUGAUGACGAUGAAGAUGAUCGCAAAUCGCAAAAAGAAUUGUAAACAAUCAGUUUCACGCAGUCAAGUUUUUUUGCAUUUCACAACAGUCAAUAUUUUACCCGACAUUUUUAUAGUAGAGAUAAAUUUUCUUGCCAAGAUUAACUAAGUGUAAUAUGAUGAUGAGAAUUGGCGGUAAACAAAUUCAAAGUAAAUUGGUUGUAUUUGUAUGUAUUAAAUAAAAACUCUCCAAAAAAUAUUUUUUAUAUAAUUUGUCCACUGGUCGAACAAAUUUAUAACUCGGUUUGAUGAAAAAGUAUAACUGGUAAUGACAUGUAUAUCUCCAAAAUUAAAUGGUUUUCUUAUCCAAAAUUUAUGAUUCACGGGAAAGUCUGUGGAAAACUGGUUGCCAUCUUUGUAUAAACCAAAUUCUAAUCUGUCUCUAGGUCCAUAUUUUUUCAAUAGCCAAUCUUGUGGUAGUUUGGGUAUUUUUUUAACAAAAGCUGUUGUGUAGAUUACGUUCAACAAAAAAGUAUUUUUACGACAAAUUUAUGUCACGCAAUAAAACUGUCUAGAGUAUUUUAAGCCUACUACUGAAGUAAUUGUAACCUAUUUGUUUGUAAAUAAAUGAAUAAUAUUCCCUUUAUUUGUUUUCUCAAAUAAAACGGAAUUAGACGUAUAUAUUA